AUUUUUUUUUGGGGGGGGGGUGCUUCACAAAGACGUCUGUUUUUGUGACGAUUGCAGAACGUUGAGCCCAUAGUUUGUGGUCCACCGGGGAUUGUACAGAGUAACUUGUCUUCUUACAUUAUACGAUCUCUGACAAGUCGUGACUCUCGUACGUUCGACGCAGCCAAUCACACCCAGCGCCUCAAGGUUAGUGACGCAGCACAGAGCGUGCUACUACUGACGUCGCUGCCGGUUUGACAAUAUCCGUAGGUCGGGUUUUCUUUCGCUGUUCGUCUGUGUUCUGUUUUCAGGCGACAUGAACAGCGUGGGCGAGUCCUGUACGGACCUAAAGAGGGACUACGACCAGUGCUUUAACCGCUGGUUCGCCGAGAAGUUCCUGAAGGGGGACCGGAGCGAGGACCCGUGCACCGAGACCUUCCGGAAGUACCAGCGGUGUGUACAGAAGGCCAUCAAGGAGAAAGACAUCCCGGUCGACGGGGUGGAGUUCAUGGGUCCCAACAAGGACAAACCCGAGAGUUGAGGAUGGGGGAGAGGUCACCGGUACCGACACCCGGACACUGUGCUGUGUCCACGACUCCACUGAGCAUGCGCAAAAGCGAAGUUGACGCUGCGCGCUCAAAAAUACCUGCUGCAGCUGAAACAGAAGAAUGAAGCGGCAGGUAUUUGUGACGAUAAUGCUUUAGUUUGAGAAGUUUGCCAAACAAACAAGAAAACAAACAUAUCAACAACAAAAAAAUGUCAUCCCACUUCCAGUGACGUCAGCAUUUACAGUUUUUUCAUCUUGGACUGAAAACUUUUGGACGUUUCUAAUCAGUGACCGAUACGUUUACAAAUAGCAGCAUCGUCAGAAAUAAAUAUCUUCAUAUAUUUUACGAUUGGAUUCUUUGAGGACAUCACCGUGGACACAAAAGGAACAGUGAAGGACAUCUGUGUCUUCUACCUUCAGAUUUAAAGAGGAAGUGAGAUAAGUCAGAAUCAGCUGCUCGUGUAAAUAUCGAUGAUGCCUAUGCGCUGACGAAUGUCUGUAAAUCUGAGUUCAUUUUGUUUUUAAAAUAAAAUUCCAUUUGUUUUAAAAUACA